GGACCGCUACAACAAGGGAAAAUCCCUUCGAUCAAUUAUGUGCGUGGUGGGUGGGUCGGUCUCGACGUGACACAGCAUUGUCGUCUUGUCAGCAACCUCUCUAAAUCCUGAUCGUCCCUGAGUAUAAAGAUUUACCUAAGGUUUAUUUCCGAGGUCGUCAAUGAGCGAGCGACCACCUCCUCCUCAGCAGCUUGACGCAGCAACCCCGGCCGCUGAGCCGGGGAUCGCGUCUCCGGGGACAAAGACAGACGAAACGGGGGGGAAGAUAGUCCCGGCCCCGCCCCCUCAGGAAACCCGUCAACAGCGGCUCACCCCUCCUUCUCGAGCCUCCCCUGUGCAGCAGGGACAGCAGGAGGAACCAAUGGACACUGACCCUCCUCACCCUCCUGCGACCAGCCAGCCUCCACCUCCUCCUAAAGAAAUGGAGACGGCUUUCACAGAGGAGCCUAAGACAGUGGAACCUGUACUGAAUGGUCUGCAGUUGAAGACACACUCUAAACCGCUGUUGAAGGCCUUCAGCUAUGCCCUGGCUCCCGGGACGGACACCAUCAACCCAGUCCAGAGGAAGGUUCUGGUGGUAGACGACGAGGGAGUCCAGGGAGACCACGUGGCCGUACACAGACUGGAGCCCGUCUCAGAAACUCACCGAGACGGUCUGAUACUUGAGCCUGCGUACCUGGAGGGGUACGAGGGGAGCAACUAUCCCGUGUUGAUUGUGAGUCAAUCGGACGGUCGGGAAAUUUUGUCCCUCAUGGAGCACAAAGAGGAGGAUGUUCUGUGUGAUAUUGAGGCUGAGAGUGCAGUCGAUGCCGUGCCUCAUCGUCAGCCACCAGGCCACUCAUUAGUUGUUACCGAUCAGCCUAGAGCUGGGGGGCCGAGAGGAGCUGGUGGCACUCAUGAGAGCAAAACUUCAGGGUUCAGGAAAAUGAAAAAUGAACUGAACAAGCUAAUGUUUUCUGGUGAUACUCCAAUUCCGAUGAGUGAAGACAGUGGCAAAUUCUGUCUUUGUAUGUCUGUCUUCCAAAAUUAUGAAGUUUUGGGAAAGCCAGACCAGAGCCAAGUAAAGGAUGCUCUGAAAAAGCUUCACAAACACAUGCAUUCUCUAAUUUAUGAAGAUUUUCCAUUCUACAUUGUACUGGCAUACAGACUCCAUAAAAAGAUGACUACCAUGUACAGUUAUGAAGAUUGUCAAAAUUUCAUGAUGACAUGCAUCAACAAGAUUGAAACUGUCAACACAUAUACACCUAUUGCUACUACUCUCACCAAGUUUCUGGGGGCUGGAGAUUUCACCAUCAUGUUUGGUGACGCCAAAGCCAAUUCUAGUGUCUUUCGACUGCUUGAAGAGGCCUGCAUUCAUCUGUGCAAAAUCUCUUUUACUUCUCGCCAAGCACAGCACACUCAUAAGAAGCCACCUUCUUCCCAGCUCCACAAGAGGUUUAUCAUCAACACAAUGCUCUGGGUGUCCUUGUCACUGAAAGUGAGGUCCCAUAGAGGAAGCGUAACUGAAGGUAAUUUGAAGAUGUGGAAAGACCAGCUGACCAGCAGGAGUCACCUUCUUUCGAUGAAUAUUUUCCAAAUUGAAUGCCUCAAGAAUGGCCUCCUCUUCGGAAAGGCACUUGAUCUUCCUCGAGAACUGAGAUUCAACACUGUACUUAUGCAAGAGAUGCUUGUUCCACCUGCUCCUUCCUCCACUGUAACUGUUCGCUAUUUCACUCACCUGAGUCAUUUUUUCACUGAGCUGCACACGAGCCUGAGCAAGGAAGAUUUUCCUAUCAUUCUGACCUAUUUACGUAGUGCGUAUGACCAAUGUGUGAAGCCUGGACAUACUCCACGCUAUAGCCUUUUCACUGAAACAGGAACUCUAACUGGGACAUUGACUGAGGGCCUUAAUUUCCUGAACACCAUCGUUGAUAUCUGUACCCAUCGAAAGAUCAUAGAUUUGGAGUCAAAAUCUCAGACCAAUGCAGCCCAACAAAAGGUCAAGCAGUCAGAGAUAGCUGUGUCCCAGAUAAAGGCUGAGCUCUGGAAGUGGCUGCAGCUCUUGCUGCAGCUAAUUGACGUGACUGCACAUCAGGCGAAUGUCCAUCUUAAGCAGUUUGUUGUGAAAGGAAAGGAGAAAGGUGUGGUGAAACACUUUCAAAGGGAAAUCAGAAACAUUGUAAUUACCAACACAAAAGAGAACUUUUCACGGUUGCCAAUCCAGAGAUUUUUCCCGCUGUAUACUGCCUUUAUGAUCUGGCCAUCCAAGUUCCUGGAGGACUAUCUCAACCAGUACAAUGUGCCCAAAGGCGUUAGAAUAUCUGAUGGUACAUGGGCUGAGUUCUUUAGAGGAGUUUCAGAAAGAUUCUCAGGAGCCCACUCCCACUACUUUAUAAACGACUUUCUUCAGUCGGUGGCAGGGAAGUACGAGGAGAGUAAAGCGAAGGAUUUCAUCCUUGAUCUCCUGACACUCCGUGUUAGUGGUCUUCUGGCCAUUGAUCCCAUAGCUGAAGAAGAGGAGGAGAUAGCGAGGGGAGAUAAAGCACAGAAGGAUUUCAAGAAGUUCCUGCAUAAUUUCAUACGGAAAAAUGCCCUGAAGCACUCACUUCUCCAGGAAAUGGCUGUGAUAAUGGACUCUAUCACAGCAGAGAGAGAUGAGUUCCAAGGCCUGGUCCUGGAUGUGCUC